GUUUGCAUGUGAUAAAAACUUGUGGGUCCCGCUAAUAUUCAGAAGCAUCAUCAAGCUACUGAACCCUGUUUGUUUAUUUCUUCGUCAUCUAGUUGUAUUGUAUUAGCUUUCUCUUCAUCAUCCUGCAUCCAACCCACUCAUACUCAACUGGUAAAGGUUACUUUCGUUGGCGUUUGGAUGUGAUAAGAACUUUGUGGGUUCGCUAAUAUUCAAAUCAAAUGCAUCAUCAAGCCACCAACCCCUGUUUGUUCUUUUAUUCAUCUUCUAGUUGUAUAGUAGUGGUACUCGUCAAAUGAUUAGAUCUCUUGCUCAGUUGUCUUUGUCAGGCAAAGGAUUCUGUAUCGGUUCCUGCUAUUGUUUAAUCAUUACCACCAUGUGCUUCUCCGUCUUUUGGCGCCUAACUGCAUCAUUUUUGUGAACAACAAAGUUCUCGAUUCUCAGGUGCAGGGUUUCGAUGGAUGAUAAAGAGAGAGGUCGAAAGGGCGGCGAAGUAAGCAUGGCUGAGAAGAGAACCGCCGAUAGAGGAGAAGUGCUAAUAACAAUAUCGAGUGAUGAAGUUGCAAAUGUCAAUAAAGGGUCUACCAUUGCUCAUAGGCAGAGCAGGCCUAAUUCACCCAUGAAAGAAUCAAAUGCUGGUGGAUUUACAAAAUCUCUGUCUAUGAGCUACCUUUCACCAGAGAUCUCACGGUUUAGCCCAAGCCCCAAUAAGCCCCCCAAAAUCCCUACCAACAACGAAAAUCUUACUAGAAGAAGGUCGCUCACGAGGUCAGUGUACUCAAAACCCAAGUCAAGAUUUGGAGAACAGCCAUAUCCUGUUGAUUCUGAUGCGUUUGAAGAGGAUAAUUUGACUCUCCAAGAACAAAUCGCCAGGAAUUCACCCUAUAACAAUUCACUUAAUAGGGGGUCACCUAAUAACAAGUCUGCUUCUACUGCUAGGACAAAUUCCAUAAAUCCAAAAACGCCCAUGAUGGCAUCUCCAGGACAUGCAGAUGAUGAAGAAGAUGAGGUGGAGGAAGUUAUCAAGAAGGUUGAAUCGAGUCAAGAGAAGCAUAGUAGAGUGAGGGCCAAGCCUGUGAUUCAGUGGGUUGCAUUUAUUUGCAUUAUAGGAUGCUUAGUGGCAAGCUUGACUGUUGGGAAACUCGAAAAGACUAUGAUUUGGGGCUUGGAGUUUUGGAAGUGGUGUGUGCUUGUGAUGGUAAUAUUCUCUGGCAUGUUGGUCACUAAUUGGUUUAUGCAUGUUGUUGUUUUUUUGAUUGAGAGGAAUUUUUUGCUUAGAAAGAAGGUACUUUAUUUUGUUUAUGGGUUAAAGAAGAGCGUUCAAGUGUUUAUUUGGAUAGGUUUGGUUCUUCUUGCUUGGGCAUUUUUAUUCAAUCGUGGAGUUGAACGAUCUGAGACUGCUACCAAGGUUCUAAAAUAUGUAACUUGGACCAUUAUUUCACUUCUUAUUGGCUCAUUAUUGUGGCUUUUGAAGACUUUAUUGCUAAAGAUUUUAGCAUCUAAUUUUCAUGUCAACAAGUUCUUUGAUAGAAUCCAAGAAUCAGUCUUUCAUCAGUAUGUUCUGCAAACACUUUCAGGGCCUCCAAUUAUAGAGGAGGCUGAGAGGGUUGGGAAAUCAGUUAGCACAGGUCAACUGAGCUUCAGGAGUACCAAAAAGGGUAAAGGAACAAAGGACAAAAAGGUAAUUGAUAUGGGAGUAGUUCAUAAGAUGAAGCAAGAAAAGGUUUCGGCUUGGACCAUGAAGGUUUUGGUUGAUGCAGUCACAAAUUCAGGGCUGUCCACAAUCUCUAAUACAUUGGAUGAAAGCAUUGGUGGAGUGGGCGAACAAACUGAUACAGAAAUUACCAAUGAGAUGGAAGCAACUGCUGCUGCCUAUCGCAUUUUUAGGAAUGUUGCUAAGCCUGGUUGGAAGUACAUUGAUGAGGAGGACCUCUUAAGGUUCAUGAUUAAGGAGGAGGUGGAUCUUGUUUUUCCAUUGUUUGAAGUAUCGGAGAACAGACAAAUUGAUAGAAAAGCUCUGACAGACUGGGUGGUGAAGGUUUACAAGGGUCGGAAAGCUCUUGCGCAUGCAUUAGGUGACACCAAAACAGCUGUCAAGCAAUUGAACAAACUGGUGACAGUGAUCCUGGUUAUUGUGACCAUUGUCAUUUGGCUUCUCUUGAUGGAAAUUGCAACAACGAAAGUGCUUGUUGUCCUCUCAUCACAGCUAGUAGUGGCGGCCUUUAUGUUUGGGAAUACUUGCAAGACCAUAUUUGAAGCUAUAAUAUUUGUUUUUGUGAUGCAUCCAUUUGAUGUUGGUGAUCGUUGUGUUAUUGACGGUGUGCCAUUGUUGGUCGAGGAAAUGAACAUCUUAACGACAGUUUUCUUGAAGCUUGAUAAUGAAAAGAUAUACUAUCCAAAUUCUGUUUUGGCUACAAAGCCAAUCAGCAACUAUUACAGAAGCCCUAACAUGGGUGAUGCUGUGGAGUUCUCAAUAGAUUUUGCUACUCCAGUGGAGAAGAUUGCAUUGUUGAAAGAUAAAAUUAAGAAGUGCUUAGAGAAGAAUCCCCAACACUGGCAUCCUAACCACAGCGUUGUGGUGAAGGAAAUUGAGAAUGUAAACAAGUUAAAAAUGGCUCUCUAUUGUAAUCACACAAUGAACUUCCAAGAAUUUGGAGAGAAAAACAAGCGGCGGACUGAACUGGUCAUUGAGAUAAAGAAGAUUUUCGAGGAGUUAAAUAUAAAAUACUACCUUCUGCCCCAACAAGUUCAUCUCAGCCAUAUCGGGUCGGAAACUCGGAAUCUCCAGUUGUGACAAACAGAUUGUUGCUCAAUGCUCCUGGAUAAUUUGCAAGUAACCAAGUCAUUGAUGCAAAGGAGAGAUGGUGCAACGAGUGCUACUUACCUAUUCUAUGCCAGAACACCAGUCAACAAAUCCAAGCAUUCAAUUUGUCACUUGGAGGAUAGAAUGUAUUCUGUGAAGAUGUUUAAAUAGGGAUGAAUGUUUUAUUCUGACUUCUCUUUUUCCUGUUGUGAAAUUAGCUCCCUGGCUUUGGU